CUUGACAUGCGGUUGGAGUGCAUAGCGUCUUUUCCACAUGACACGAAAAACAAAGAAAAUUAAAAACAAAUAAAUAAUUUUAUUAAAAAAUGAAAAACACCCAUCAAACACGAACGCGAUGCACAGCGAUUGAAACAGAAAGUUGGAAGACAGAGUGGGAAGUGCAGAGAAAGAAGGUAGAAAAAUUCCAGAAAAAUUGAAUCUUUUACGAGAUAUUUGGAUUCGGGCGGUGCGCCAAUAUUCGGAAACGAAAGGGGGAGUCGUCCAAAGCCACUGAAUUGUCAUAAAAUUCUGGAAUAUCUUGGGUUCCAGUGAAUUUGGGGGAUUAGAGGCACGCCCACCACUAUCCAUACUGAAUUUGGGUCCUCGGCCUGAUUUCACCGUAGGAUAUUAUUGAAUUUGUUGGGCGCUUUCUGGGAAAUUCACAAAAGUCAAUUCAUUUGGAGGUAAUUCUUAUUACAACUCUUUGAUUCAGACUCCAAUAAUCGUUUUCCUGUAGAGAAAUGAUUAGUGUUGUGCCUCCUUCUGAUUGUGCAUAAACUAAUAAAAAUCUCUUAAGAAAUGUGGAUUCAUUUCAACUAUUGUCGGCAUGACUUUAGUUUCUAUACUCGAUAAGAAAUGUGGAUUCAUUUCAGCUUUUGUCGGCAUGACUUUAGUUUCUGAACUCAGUCUUAUGGUUCAUUGCUCUUCUAAGAUUACAGAACGUACUGAGUUUUGAGUUCAGACGUGGGUUAUCUUUGUCAAGUUUCGCAAUCGCUUUAUAUUUGGAGUUGGGUUCUAUUCCUGCCAGGUCCUUGACUAGUGAUUUAAGGGCUCUUUCUUUCUUAGAUCGGCCAAUGACCCAUUCAUGAUGAGUGGGAUUGGGUGGGACCAUUUUCGAUGGGCACCCCCGACAAAAAACUGUCAGAGCUAGUUGACAUAGUUAAGUCCUGGAUCCCUCGGAGGUCUGAGCCUGCGAAUGUGUCCAGGGACUUUUGGAUGCCCGAUCAGAGCUGUAGGGUAUGUUAUGAGUGUGACUCCCAGUUCACAGUAUUUAAUCGUAAGCAUCAUUGCCGGUUAUGUGGACGAGUUUUCUGUGCCAAGUGUACAGCAAACUCAAUUCCUGCACUGUCCAAUGAGCCAAGGAGUGGUCGAGAAGAUUGGGAGAGGAUUAGGGUCUGUAAUUAUUGCUACACGCAAUGGGAGAAAGGGACAGCAACAGUUGAUAAUGGGGCUGGUGCACCCAGCCCUGCCCUCAGUCCAUCACCAUCUGCAACAAGCUUGGCCAGCACUAAGUCCAGCUGCACGUGCCACAGCAGCAACAGCACUAUUGGUUCUACGCCUUAUUCAACUGGGCCUUAUCAGCAUGUUCCAUGUAGUUCUAGCCUUAGCCCUCGUCAAUCUGCCAAGGUGGAUUCAGCUAUAGUUCAAAAUGGGAACAUAGCAUCUCAGAAGAGCAUAAAUAAUGAUGCAGUCAUGGAGGAUUCAUUACCCAAUCAAUUUGGAUUUUGCAUGAACAGGAGUGAUGAUGAAGAUGAUGACUAUGGUGCUUAUCGUUCAGGUUCAGAAACAAGGCAUUUCUCUCAAGUUGAUGAUUAUUAUGACGCAGUUAAUGUUGAUGGGGUUGACCAUGUUUAUGGUCCACAUAAAAUGCGUCCAAACGGAGAUAACAUUGACUCCAAAAGUUUGAGUUCCUCACCACCCUUGCAUGAGAACUUUGAUAAACUGGGUGUGGGGGGUGUUAAAAAUGUUGGGGAAGAAACUGAUAGACACUAUAAUGGUGAUGACUGUGAAGCUGCUCCAUAUGUGGACAGCACAAGUACUGAGCCUGUGGAUUUUGAGAACAAUGGACUGCUCUGGCUUCCUCCAGAGCCAGAGGAUGAAGAGGAUGAGAGAGAAGCUGCUUUAUUUGAUGAUGAUGAUGAUAAUGAUGAGGGUGCUACAGGCGAGUGGGGGUAUCUACGCUCUUCAAGCAGCUUUGGUAGUGGAGAGUUUCGUAGUAGGGACAAGUCAAGUGAGGAGCACAGAAAAGCCAUGAAGAAUGUGGUGGAGGGACAUUUUAGAGCUUUGGUAUCUCAGCUUUUGCAGGUUGAAAACCUUCCAGCAGGCGAAGAUGAUGACAGAGAAAGUUGGUUGGAGAUAAUUACUUCUUUGUCAUGGGAAGCUGCAACUCUUCUCAAGCCAGAUACGAGCAAAGGUGGAGGAAUGGAUCCUGGGGGGUAUGUCAAGGUCAAAUGCAUAGCUUGUGGGCGUCGCAGUGAGAGUAUGGUGGUUAAAGGAGUUGUUUGUAAGAAAAAUGUGGCUCAUCGCCGAAUGACAUCAAGGAUAGAUAAACCACGUUUUCUUAUACUUGGAGGAGCCUUGGAGUAUCAGCGUGUUUCUAACCUCUUGUCAAGUUUUGAUACAUUGUUGCAGCAGGAAAUGGACCAUUUGAAGAUGGCAGUUGCUAAGAUUGAUGCUCACCACCCUAAUGUUCUGUUGGUGGAGAAGUCUGUAUCUCGAUAUGCUCAGGAAUACCUUCUAGCAAAGGACAUAUCACUUGUUUUGAACAUUAAGAGGCCACUUUUAGAGCGUAUAGCCCGCUGCACUGGGGCACAAAUAGUCUCUUCAAUUGAUCAUCUCACAUCACCAAAGCUGGGGUAUUGUGAUAUGUUCCAUGUGGAGAAAUUUAUUGAAGAGCAUGGCAGUGCUGGGCAAGGUGGGAAGAAACUAAUGAAGACUCUAAUGUUCUUUGAGGGAUGCCCGAAACCAUUUGGUUGUACUAUUUUGCUCAAGGGUGCUAGUGGAGAUGAGUUAAAGAAGGUGAAACAUGUGAUCCAGUAUGGAGUUUUUGCUGCUUAUCACUUGGCCAUGGAGACAUCCUUUCUGGCUGAUGAAGGCGCUUCACUUCCGGAACUCCCUCUGAAAUCUCCGAUAACUGUUGCAUUACCCGAUAAACCGUCAAGUAUUGACAGGUCGAUUUCUAUUGUACCUGGUUUUAGCAUUGCAGCAACUGGAAAGUCUCCGGGUCCUGAAGGUGCAAGCGAACUACAGAAAUCCAACAAAAGUUUUACGUCAGAUAAGCACUUAUCUACAAAUGAUGAUCACAUUUUGAAAUUGGAAGGAUAUGAUUCAACUUAUGCAUGUACAGUUCCUUGUCAUUCCCCAAACUCUAUAAGAUCCAAUUCUUCCUUCACUUCCUUGUGCCCUACAGGACAGCUUAUAGCAGAAUCAUAUCAUAAUGGUCAAAUUUGUCCCUCUAAGUGUCCUGAAGAAACUUUUCAAGCUAAAACAGUUUACACUGGAGAGCCUGUGGUAGAUAAUAGUUUAAUUUCAACUUCUUCUGGCAUGUCAAAGGCUAAUGGAAAAGGUGUUGAUAUGAGCCAUUCUGAUGGCAAUGCAUUGAAUGCAAAUCGCUUUGGUGCACCAGAGGUGCCAUCCGUAAUGCAUUAUUCUAAUCAUCGUAAUGAGGAGGUGGGAUCUUCAAAGGAAGAGUUUCCUCCCUCACCCUCAGACCAUCAAAGCAUUUUGGUGUCCUUAUCGACACGUUGUGUGUGGAAGGGAACUGUGUGUGAACGGGCCCAUCUCUUUCGAAUUAAAUACUAUGGAAGUUUUGAUAAGCCUUUGGGGCGGUUUUUACGUGAUGACUUAUUUGAUGAGAGUUAUCACUGUCGGUCAUGUGGCAUGCAAUCAGAAGCACAUGUUCAUUGUUAUACACAUAGACAAGGGAGCCUUACAAUAUCUGUUAAAAAACUCCAAGAGUUUCUCCUACCAGGGGAAAAGGAAGGUAAAAUCUGGAUGUGGCACAGGUGCCUGAGGUGUCCCAGAACCAACGGCUUCCCUCCAGCCACUCGAAGAGUGGUAAUGUCUGAUGCAGCCUGGGGUUUAUCUUUCGGGAAAUUUUUGGAGCUAAGCUUUUCAAAUCAUGCAGCAGCUAGCAGAGUGGCAAGCUGUGGUCAUUCCCUUCACAGAGAUUGCCUCCGCUUCUAUGGUUUUGGGAGAAUGGUCGCUUGCUUUCGCUAUGCAUCUAUUGAUGUUCACUCUGUUUACCUUCCCCCAUCAAAACUUGAAUUUUACUACAAUGAUCUGGAUUGGAUACAAAAAGAAGUAAAUGAGGUACAUAAGCAGGCUGAACUCCUUUUUACAGAGGUGCAGAAUGCUCUUCGUCAGAUUUCACUGAAGAUAUCUGCUACAGGGUCGCAGGAUGGUGGCAUGAGUACGCAUGAACUGCAUAAGCAAAUUGGAGAACUGGAAGGGAUGCUACAGAAGGAGAAAGAAGAAUUUGAGGAAUCAUCACGCAAAUCAUUGUGUACAGAGUUUAAACCUGGCAAACCUGCAAUUGAUAUUCUUGAAAUCAAUAAAUUGCGGAGACAGAUACUCUUCAGCUCAUAUGUUUGGGACCAACGCCUGGUACAUGCAGCCAGUAUAAACGUCAACAAUCUCCAGGAAGGUUUGAGUUCUUCCCUCCCAAAACUCAAGGAGAAACCUAUCAAUCGUAUAGAGAAGAUUGUUGAGAUGAAUUCUACCUCCAAACCAGGUAAAGGAUUUAGCAGUUGUGAUUCCUUUCUUGAAAAAAAUCCUGAUACAAACCUUAAUCAACAAGGAAGUGCUGGCCAAUUGGGCCAGUCUGCUGGAGUUCAGAAAGAAAAUGAAACAGGAUUGGACCAAAGUCAUGGAAAUGAGACUGAUCUUUACCUUUCUUUCAAUGAAAAUAUCAAUGAUAAAUCUGAUCCUAUGGAAACUGGAAAGCUGGUGAGGAGGGCCCUCUCAGAGGGUGAGUAUCCAAUAGUGCCAGAUUUAUCCGAUACGCUUGAUGCUGCUUGGACUGGUGAAAGUCACCCAACUAGUAUAGCAUCAAAAGAGGAUGGCCAUUCUUUUGCCGAUUCAACUACGGUAGAUUCUUCAACUGUGUUAAGUAUGGUUCCAGCAAAUUCAAAUGUGGAAAAUUCUGCUGUUGACUUGGGUAAGAUUGAGGCAGCUCGUUCUGUUGGCUCUGCAUUACCUCUAAAGCGGCAAGAAAACAUUGAAAACUCCACAAGGUGGGUAGGAAUGCCAUUUCCAAAUAGUUCAUUCAAGAGUUUGCCAUUGAGUGUUCAAAAACUUUGCAAUGGUGACUACAAUCCUGUCUACGUUUCACUUCUUCGGGAAUUGGAACGGCAAAGUGGUGCCCGGUUGCUUCUGCCGGUUGGUGUUAACGACACCGUUGUCCCCAUUUAUGAUGAUGAGCCCACUAGUAUUAUAGCAUAUACACUUGUCUCGCCAGAUUAUCAUUCACAGAUGUCUGAGUCUGAGAGAUUAAAAGAUGCUGGGGAUUCUUCUGUCUCUUUACCACUUUUUGAUUCGGUGAAUCUACUCUCACUUAACUCUUUUGAUGAGUCAGUUGCUGAUACCUACAGAGGUCUAGGUUCUCUUGAUGAGAGCAUCCUAUCUGUGUCUGGGUCGCGCAGUUCUCAUGUUGUGGAUCCACUCCACUAUUCAAAGGAUUUGCAAGCUAGAGUUUCUUUUACCGAUGAUGGCCCUCUUGGGAAGGUGAAGUACACAGUGACUUGCUACUAUGCGAAACGAUUUGAGGCUCUAAGGAGGAUAUGUUGUCCUUCUGAAUUGGAUUUCAUAAGAUCUCUUAGUCGCUGUAAGAAGUGGGGUGCCCAGGGUGGCAAGAGCAAUGUUUUCUUUGCAAAAACCUUGGAUGAUCGAUUUAUAAUCAAACAGGUUACAAAGACAGAACUGGAGUCAUUUAUCAAGUUUGCACCAGCUUAUUUUAGGUAUUUGUCCGAGUCCAUCAGUUCUGGAAGCCCAACUUGCCUGGCAAAGAUCCUUGGAAUUUAUCAGGUUUCCACAAAGCAUGUUAAAGGAGGGAAAGAAUGCAAGAUGGAUGUUUUGGCAAUGGAGAAUCUUUUGUACAGACGUAAUGUUACUCGGCUUUAUGACCUUAAAGGGUCUUCAAGAUCACGGUAUAAUGCUGACACAAGUGGGAACAAUAAAGUUCUGCUGGAUCAGAAUCUGAUUGAAUCGAUGCCAACUUCUCCAAUUUUUGUGGGGAACAAGGCAAAGCGGGUGCUAGAGAGAGCUGUCUGGAACGAUACUUCAUUCCUUGCUUCAAUUGAUGUGAUGGAUUACUCAUUAUUAGUUGGAGUGGAUGAGGAAAAGCACGAGCUGGUUCUGGGGAUCAUUGAUUUUAUGAGGCAAUAUACAUGGGAUAAGCACCUUGAAUCUUGGGUGAAGACGUCAGGCUUUCUUGGAGGACCUAGAAACACAACUCCAACUGUGAUUUCACCUGAGCAGUACAAGAAACGAUUCAGGAAAGCUAUGACUACUUAUUUUCUUAUGGUACCAGAUCAAUGGUCACCCCCUACAAUUGUUCCUAGUGGUUCCCAAUCUGACCUUAAUGAAGAGAAUUUUCAAGGUGGGAACGUUGAUUGAUAAAGCUGAAAUUUUUCUUUUUUUCUUUUUUAUUUUUUAUUCUCCUGUAUAUUGAAACAUGUAAAGUUGGAUAUCAUUUCCCUUGAAAAUUAGAAAUCAAUAGUUCCCAACCCCGCUCUCCUUUUCUGUUUUUACAUGUUUAUUCAGUUUCUUCUAAUGUAUCCAUGUGUUGAUUUUUUUCCCCCUCGCGUAUAAGAAAAGAAAUGCCAAGAAAUUGUUCCAUAGGGAUAGGGGGAAUAGUGCCAUUUUCUUUUUACAUUUUUUCUUUUCAUUUUUUAUUAUGGAAAGGGUAGAGCACUCUAGUAGGUGCAUAGUGCAGGAUUACAUCAUUAGGGCCUGAGUGGCUCGCUGUUAUUUGUUUCAUUUGAUGUAAAUCAAAUCUUUGUAUUUGGGUAUAUCAAAAAUUAACUUUUGAGUUGAUUGUUCUAAUUAA